AUGGGAGUGGAACCGAGAAGACGGCACGCCCCCAACCUAAGCGUGAGAGGGUACGACCUCAUCGACCAGGCCAAGGCAGCACUGGAAAGCAAAUGCCCCGGCGUUGUUUCCUGCGCUGAUAUCAUCGUCGUCGCAACGAGGGAUGCUGUCGUGCCGGGAGGUGGGACGCAGUAUACGUAUGCGGUUCAGACAGGGAGGAGGGAUGCCAACAUCUCGCUUGCGUCUGAUGCCACCAGAAAUCUGCCUGGGGAUUCCUUCUCGGCAUCCCAAGCGAUUGCGGCGUUCCGGGCGAAAGGGCUCAGCGCUUCGGACAUGGUGUUACUUCUAGGAGGACAUACGGUUGGGCUCACGCACUGCUCCUUCAUCCUUAAUCGUCUCUACAACUACAAUCGGUCGGGGAAACCAGACCCGGCCAUGGAUCCCGCGUUUGUGGCCAUGCUCAAGUCGAGGUGCUCGCAGACGUCGACGGUUGACGACACCGUCCUCCUCGACCACGGCACUCCCACCACCGUGGACAACAGCUACUACGAGCAGCUCCUGGCGAGAAGGGGCGUGCUCAAAGUGGAUCAGAACAUAGCGUCGGACGCGGCGACCAACGCCACGGUGAGGGCGCUGGCCGGCGGCAGCUCGAGCUUCCCGGCUCUGUUCGGGGGUGCCAUGGUGAGGAUGGGCGGCAUCCAGAUGCUCACUGGGACGCAAGGCCAGAUCCGGAAGUCGUGCCGAGUCGUCAAGAAAUGA